AUGAAAAUCGACAUUCAACCAGUUGUUUACGAAGAAGAUGGAAAAACUUAUAGAAAAUACGAUGAACAACCACAAGACAAAGUUCAAGAAAGGGUAAAGAAUCAUUACUUCAAUCAACAUCAGAAGCAAACGGUCGAGUUCGUCAAGAGUAUGCAAAAGAAAUGGUUAUCCUUUUCUCAUGCCAAUAUGCCAAUCCUCGAUUGUCUUGAUCUUUUGGCUGGUUUCCUUGAUGAGAGCGAUCCUGAUGUUGAGGAAGCGAAUCUUUUCCACGCCUAUCAAACCGCGGAACGUCUUCGUGAGGCUCAUCCCGAUAAACCGUGGAUGCAUCUCGCCGGUUUAGUGCACGAUCUUGGAAAGAUCAUGGGCGUUUGGGGAGAGCAUCAAUGGGCGAUCACCGGCGACACGUAUCCUGUUGGCUGCAAACCCGACCCAUCAAUCGUUUACGGUGUCGAGAGUUUUGAUGGAAAUCCUGAUUUGAAUGAUUCCAGAUAUAACACUGAUUUGGGGAUAUACGAGAGUGGUUGUGGCUUUGAGAAUCUUCUGAUGUGCUGGACACACGAUGAGUAUCUCUAUCAGGUACUGAAAAAUCACGAGAGUACCCUUCCAGAAGAAGCUCUUUAUGCCAUUCGUUUUCAUUCAUUCUACCCAGCGCAUUCACAUGGAGCUUACAAACAAUUCGAAAGCGAACGAGACAAGAAACUCCACGAAUCGAUUAUGAUGCUAAAUGCCUGUGAUUUGUACUCGAAAAAUGAUGCUCGUCCAGAUAUUGCCACUCUUAAACCAUACUAUCAAAGUCUCGUCGACAAGUACAUUCCCGGAAGUGUCAAAUGG